AUAAAGGCAACCACCUCUUAGCACACAUCCAAAUAAUACCCAUAUCCUGCUCGAACGUUUUUCGCCUUCACUGCAAUUUUUCAUCCGCAAAUACUAGGAGUAUGUCUACAUCAACCGGAGCAGGCGCGUCGUUUGGCACCCAGUCUCCUCCUCUGGAGGCCACCGGCCAGGAGAAGCCCAUGGGCGUGUCGUCUGUGAGUGGCGAGAAGCCUGAGGCUGUGCCCGAUGCUCAGCAGAGGCAACAGUACUUCCCUGAGGACGUGGAGACGGGGAAGCAGAGUGCUGAUCAGGUGGGAUCCGGAGUGCCGUCGGAGGGCAAGACGAAGGAGGACUGAUUGGUGGUUGGGUUGCGUGCCGCGUGUCGAGAACUCGAUAUGCUGAGUUGGCGGGAUAGAACUCAUCAUGUCUUGCCAGCGUGAUAUUCUCAAUGCAGAGUUUCGCUCAUCUAAUCUAUCACCAUCAAGUUUGGAUGAAUGCGACAGCGGUCAUAACAAGGACGCGGCCAGUUGUCAAAAGCGCAAUGUUUAGAUCCUUCGAGU